AAAACGUUUCAAGUUCAAGACUUGUUUGAAUUGAUUAAGUGGAUUUUUAAACGCCGACUUAUGAUGGUUAAUAGUAAAAUUUCGGCAUGAGUAUAUUUUAUCCUCUCAAUUGGUUUUUAAAAAACAGAUAGCAAAUUUUAUUUACUGUAAAUUUUUUAAUCAGAUAUCUUUUCAGUGGCUUUUUCAAAAUAAUUGAUUGAUUUGUGAGGCGACAUUUUUUCAAAUGUCGUAGAAGAUUUGGAGUGGAUAUUUGAUUACCUUUGUUAUUCAAAGAAGGAAAGCAUCUCAGAUUAUAUCUUUUUCAAUACUUGAAAUGAGAAAUACAUUUAUUUAGCCGUAAUAGCGUAUUUAAUUUUAAUAUGGCUUUCUCCUGUUCUUAUGUACUUUCACAAUUAAGAGCAGACGAACCCGAUAAAAAUGGAGAAGCUUCCCAGGCCAAAAGAGGGACCAAAAGGCCAUUUCCAUUUUCAGGAGAUAAAGAAGAAAAUGUUGCGGAUGACAUUCUUCCUGAAGCCGUAGAUGUAUUAGACUCUAUCUUUGCAUCUUUGUGCCCAUUUUCCGAAAAUUCAUCUGCAUCUGAUGAUGUUGUCAUUGUUCAUGAAACGAAAAGUGCUUCAUCCGGGGAUGAUGAGCCUGAAAUCGAGAUAGUGAAGACUGUAAAUGGUAUUGAAAACUCGGAAGUUGAAAUAAUUUCAGAAGAAACAGAUAAUCAAUUACAAAUUGUAAAUGAUGAGGAAAUCUAUGACUUUACUAACAUUCCAGUUCAAGUAACUGGUGCAUGGAAAGAAUUUAUGAAUGGAAAAGGAAAUAAUUAUACAAAAGGAUGUAAAUGGGCUCCUGACGGCUCUUGCAUAAUGACUUGUAGUGAUGAUAACAUCCUUAGGCUUUUUAAUUUACCUGAGGAAUUAUGGGAUUGCUCAAAAUGGCAUGAUAUAACUGAGAUGGAAGCUGUAGUUAAAAUAUCUGAAGGAGAAAUUCUAUAUGAUUAUAGUUGGUACCCAUUAAUGAAUUCAUCUGAACCCAGCACUUGUUGUUUAGCUAGUUGUUCCAAAAAUACUCCUGUUCAUCUCUGGGAUGGUUUCACUGGUGAGCUUAGAGCCAGUUACAGAUCUUAUGAUCAAAUGGAUGAAAUAAUUGCUGCUCGAAGUUUGAGUUUUGAUUCGGAAGGCCAACGUAUCUUCUGUGGUUUUGAAAAAACUGUUAGAAUUUUCAAUGUAGACUUACCUGGAAGAAAUUUUGAAAUCAGAAACACAUUUGCUAAAAAAAGUGGCCAGUCUGGUAUUAUAUCAUGUUUUGCCUUUACACCACAAAACAGACACAUUUCUGCUGUUGGAUCCUAUCAAAAAUCAAUUGGCCUUUAUUCGGAACCAGAUGGUGAGCUCGAAUGUAUUCUGGAAGGACAAAAAGGAGGUGUAACCCAGCUACAGUUUUCACCAGAUGGAAACCUGCUAUACAGUGGAGGUCGAAAAGAUCCAGAAAUAUUGUGCUGGGAUUUAAGGAAUCUUGGAACUGUUUUAUAUUGCUUGCGGAGAACUUGUGUAACAAAUCAACGAAUGUAUUUUGAUAUUACCAGAGGUGGAAGAUACAUUGUAUCUGGCAAUAAUAAUGGUAUCAUCAGUGUCUGGGAUACAUACAAAGAACCAAAGGAAACAGAAACUGAUGACUUUGAUGUGCUAGAACCAACACUCUUUUAUAUGGGACACAAAGACUGUGUCAAUGGAAUCAGUUUGCAUCCAACCUAUCCUCUAUUGUGUUCUUCUUCUGGACAAAGAAAAUUUCGAGAUUUGCUCCCUGAAGAUGAUGAUGAGCUGUUUGCUCGAGAAUUACCAGAACGAGACAAUUCUUUAAGAUUGUGGUGGAUAGGAAAAUCUAGUUAGCAUUCAAUUAACAUUAUUUCAAUUAACAUUUUAGUUCUGUGUAAAUAAAAUUAUUCAACAUUCACUGCGUUUAUGUAAAUUACAUGCAUUUUUACAUAUAUUGUUUAUAUUUAACCAGUUAAGUGUGUUCAGUGUGAAUAUACACCAGUACAAAUCUUUAUUUUGUGACCAUUGAUGUAUAAAUUUUUGUCUAUAAAAAUGGAAUCUUAUUCACUGUAUUAUGAUGUUUUGCAAAAUUUACUAUGCAACCAUUUGCUGUGUAUAUGCAUCAUU